AUGCAAAAUGUUGACUGUUUCCUGGAGUGGGUGACCCCAGGGGACAGUCAAGCAAGAUCCCCACCCAAAAAGGCCAUGAUCUGCAUUUGGGGGGACUGGGAAGGCAUGGUGCAUUGGGACAUGCCUCAAAAGAACGCCACUGUCAACAAGGAGCUCUAUGAUGCCCAACUACACCUCGAAAAUGGGGCUAUUCGACUGAAAUCAAGGCCAAGUCAUCUUGCUCCACGAGUCAUCUUGCUCUCAUGUUGCACAAGUCGUCAAAACCGCACUCCAUGA